UGUACACAAUAAAAAUUAUGUGUGUAUGGAACGAAAUGCCAUCCAUCCAAAAAAUAAACAUUCGUUUCGUAAUUUUGGUUUGCAUUUUGUUUCAUGCGGUGAUAGUUGAAAUAGGAAAUAGCGCUAACUCCACUUAAAACCAUGAGGCUUACAAGUGCGUUUUGGAAAAUUGGUGAUAUUUCUAAAAAGUUUUCAAAUCUUCCUGAUACCUAUAUAAAACGAAGCAUGGAACAAGUAUACUGGAAAACGCCUCGCGGCAAACCUCAGUAUCUUCCUCGUACAGUUGAACGUAAAAAGUAUCGCUUUACUACCAAUCGUCCCUGGACUGGCCAGUUUCGACAGCAAAACAUGCCUGGCACUAUCCGGAAAAAAGUAUUCGUUGAACCAGUAGCAAAUUGGUCAUUUUUCAAGGGAGACCGUGUCGAAGUACUCGUCGGAAAAGACAAAGGUAAACAGGGUAUUGUGAACCAGGUAAUUCAAGAACGAAAUUGGGUCAUCGUGGGCGGAUUGAAUUGCCACCAUCGAAAGGUAGCUGAAGAAAAGGAUUACCCGGGAAUCGUGAUUAAAUCCGAAGCCCCUCUGCUAGUCACUCAUCAGGUUCGAUUGGUGGACCCGUCGGACUUGUUGGGUACUGGUAUCGAGUGGCGGUACACUGAAGACGGGGAAAAGGUUCGUGUAUCCACCCGAACUGGACGAAUUAUUCCAAUACCACAAACUAACGAGGAGACGCAUGACUAUAAAUCUAAGAGUGUAUAUGUAGAACGUCCUAAAGAUACGUUGGCAGAUGUGGUUAAAGAGAUUACCUUUAAACCGGCGUUGCGCACAUUUGAGAUGGAUAUCAUGCAAGAGAUGGGUAUUGAGGAGGAAAGGAUACCAAAGAAGACCUUCUGGUAUUAGAUAGUAAUGAUCAAGUUAUAAAUAUAUUAGCAGUUGGUAUGCCCAAAAUAA